UAGUUCUGUUCGAUUUCCGCAUCAGCAUGUUAAUUGUUAUAGUCGACAGACUCGACACGUUCUUCAUCCGAAAUCUUCUUACGGAGGGAAAGCACACCUGUUCGAUACUGCUUUCGUUUUGCACGUGCGUACGGAUCAUCGUUUUGACGGUUUGACCUAACUGGUAACUUGUUGAUUGUAUGUGUAAUAUUGCAUCAAGAACACAGCGAUGACAAUGCUGUUGGUGCUGUUUACGUGUCUGACCGUUUUGGGAAUCCCCUGUCCGGCGCAGGGCUGUCCCCGGCCGCCGCCACCACCAUCAAGAAAAACCUUCCCGUUAGAUCUGUAUUGGAGCUAUUCGCGAAAGUGUCAAGCACCCGGCAAGAUGAUUUACCCGCAGCCAUCCCGACCGUUAAUCUGGGCGCCGUGGGCAAUAGACCGUCGUUAUCCCGAUUAUCUGCUGUGCAUGAUCAACAUGCUCUCAAACAAUCGCUCACCAUCAUCUGAAUUCGAGUUGCACGUCACCGAUGGCGCCCCGGUAAAAUUAAGCUGCCAGCCGUUAGAGACGUUCGAACGGGGAAUUCACAUCGAGCACCAGCAUGUUCCGGGUCUUGGGGAACAUCGAAGCGGCAUUUACUACUGGACUAAGGAUCAGCGGAAAUUCUGCGAAAAGUGGGAGCGGAACAGUGAGAAAAACAAGUGCGAUGAUGGCGUCGAUCGUAGCGCGCCGGACAGUGAAGUGUGGAUCCAAUCCUUCACAGCGGCUGACGAGGGCGUCUAUGCCUGUGCGUAUAUGGAGAACUGUAUCAAUGAAGACAAUAGACACGUGCACCUGCACUAUUGUCCGCUACGUGUUGGACCAGCUGUCCGCAUCCAUGUUGUGCCCAAAAUUUCAGUUGUGCCCAGUACAAAGACUUCAGUGCCAGAUAUUCCUCGAGAUACCACCAGCGCCUCGCCGACCAGCCAAGCCGAAACGCCCGUAUCGUCGGCUAGCGUUAUCACGCCGCUGGUCAAGUUGCGGCCCGUCCAGUGGUUCAGUACGGUUUCCACGAACGGCGCGCAGCGGAAAGAGCACGCUACCAGCGCCAUUCAAACGACAGCUAUAAGCAGCAGCUUGACCAAUACGACCGCUCAAAGCACGACAUUUCAAUCUUUCCCUUCAGUGGAAACCAGCGCCAUGUCCUGGCCAGUGGCACUACCAGACUCGGAAACUUUAUACGACUAUUCUGAAGUGGAAAUUGUGGCUCCCACUGUAGCCAAAAGAGCACCGCGAGUUGGUAAUAAAACAGUAGUAUCCAGCACAGUGUCUUCGUCAGUCGCAGUUCCAGCAGUCUCGCAGUCCGACAUAGUCGAUUACCAUGCCGAAGAAGAUUUUUCGGACAUCGUUGGUGAAAUAUUUGAAUUGGUCGCGACUACCACGACAGCCACCAGCUCAUCGCCUGUUGACACCAAACCGUCAUCGAUUGCGGGAACGGCUUUCCAAGCCUAUAGAUCGCUGCCUACGUCGAUUUCCUCGACUUUCACGCCAUCCAGCGUGUCAAAGGUCACGGAAGCAACAACGUCGACGUCCGAUAAGGCACCUUCGGAGUUCACACGUCCCACAAAUAGUUCGCCGUUGGAAAUGGAUGCGCUCAGCGCUGCUCACAUGACAGACGUCGCUGACGCCGAAGGCACAUGGGUGACAGAAGCGGAAGGCUUCAAAAACGGCUACCCGCCGACGCCCAUGUCCAGCACGACCGUUGUGGGAGAAGAUCAAGAAACGGUCUCGACCGCGGGCGUGAAUGAUACGGAGUACGACGCUGAUUACGAUCAUGCGCCGGGAGAUCAGCGCCGCGCGAGCAGUUUCCCACCCGAAUGCCCGCCCUGCACCGGCAACUGUCCCUGUCCACUCUUCAAGCGCAAGCGGAAACAUCUUUAAACAAUACCUUUCGCCCAGCUUUUUUAAUGUUACACUGAUAUUCAAUCAGUGUACUGUAGUGACACAGGUUUAAGGAACGUAGGGGAGGCGUGGUCAGCGCACCCGGACCGUCGGUCUCUUUGAUCUUGAAACGGGCCGACGACUCGUGUCUGCUGCUGUGUCAUUACAGUACUUUGUGUUGCAAAUUGCAUUUUUUGUAUAGUUUAAUUAUUCUGACCUUUGUGUGUCAGACGAAAUAUUCAGGAACAAUUUUUGUACAACCACGCCGGUCUUAUUUUGUUAAUCGCGUGGCUAUUCGGCUAAUCAUUGGUCUAAGGCACAGCGCGCGAUUUAUUUGCGGUAGAUAAUUUACUCUAGUAGAUAAAUUUUUUGACCAAAAGGAC